AGUCACUCGGCUGUCGGCUCAGUCGCGUCCAGGAUCUGAUCCACGCCGAACGUUCCCCGUUUUCCUUUGAUUUUUCCGUUCAACUCGAUGCCAAUUUGGGAAAUAUAAAAAAAAAACAAAUUCCACUAGUGUGAUUUCAGUGUGUUUUUUAUAACGUCCAGUGUGCAAAUGUGUUGCUGAAAAGAAGAAAAACAGACGACGUCCAUUUUAUCGUGUGGUGGUUGUUUUCCAUCCCCGAGGUAACAAGUCCCAAUCCUCCUACUUGGACAAGGAUUGAAGAUUCACGUCGAACCAACCCAAAAAAUAAGAAAACCGCACUCGAUUUAAUAGCGAAUUGGGUUUAAAUCCUCUCUCGACGUCGAGUAACAUCUUAAUACCCAGGAACAAUCCCAUCCAGUUUCAACAUGUUUCCAAUCGGCUGCACCUGGAUCCUCCUGGCAGGAUUGGGAGUGACGUUGGGUGAGCAGUCCGGAGGGGGUGCCAGCAUCUGGCUGGCGCCCAGCAACCCGACGGUGGCCGUCUUCGCCAAUCAGAGUUACUUCGUCUCGUGCAAAGCACCGGGAGCCGAAAAAAUCGUCUGGACCAAAGUGGGCGACGGAGACAUCACGCCCACAUCCGGAAAGAUUCACGUGGAGGAGAAAGAGGACGGAUUGGACCUGGUCUUCGAAACCAUCCGGAAGAAGAAUCAAGGCGAUUAUUCGUGCAAGGCGUCCGUCAGAGGACAGGAAGUUGAGAAGAAAUUCACGCUCUCCGUCUUUAAGCCGCUGAGUUUCGGAGAAACGGCCAGCGUUCAAUACGCCACCGAGGGAAUGGAUUUCACGAUCCGCUGCGACGUCGGCGGCGAUCCCGUCGUCACGACGACCUGGAAAGUUCGUGGACGAUCCCUCCGACCAUCGCCGCGCCACAAGGUAAUCGAUAACAAUCUCAACAUCAAGGAAGUGACGCUGGAUGACGGCGGACUCUACGUCUGCAGAGCUACGCAGUCCAAUCCGAUGAUUGCCGACUUCAGGGAGAUGAACAUCACUUUGAAAAUUCAACACGAACCACGUUGGUUCAAGGAUCACACCAAAGAAGCUUAUGGUUUUAUUGGCGGCACUGUCAACAUGACGUGCUCGGCCGUGGCCGAGCCCGGCGCCGAUUUCAUUUGGAUCAAGGACAACAAGACGCUGCAUCCCAGCGACGACGUCCAGAUCUUCAAUUCGGAUCAUCACAGCUCGCUCCAACUUUACAUUUACGACGAGUCCGUCUUUGGCGACUACGAGUGCCGGGCCACCAACAUGCUGGGCACCAUGGCCCGCGUCAUCGUCCUGGAACAGGCCACCAAACCCUCAGCUCCUACUUUCAAAAUCAAAAUUACACACCCGGAUAGUUUCGUUUUGGAGAUUGAAGAAUCGGACGUGGUCUCGGAUCGAGGUCAGGACGCUGGCGUCCGGAAUCCAAUGGACGUGACCGGCUACGUGGUGCAGUUCAAACAAGCGUCCCAGGAGUGGAGCCGGGCACAAGAAAAAGAAUUCGAAAGAAUGCCCAGCCAGCCGUACAGAGUCGCCGGAAUGCAGCAGGAUACGACUUACGAAGUGAGGGUUGCAGCACGCACUGCGGCCGGCACCGGAGACUACGCCGACGUCCAGGUCGAGAAAACCAAGAAACUCGUAGCCGCGGCCGUGCCCGUUCUCAACUCAGCUCCGGCCCAGCAGCAGCUACUCUGUCACUCGCUCCUCACUCUAUUGAUCGCCGCACUGGCGUCCGCCAACAUCUACAUCUAAAUACGAGUUACCAUUUUUUUAUUUUAUUUUAUUUUAUUUCUUAUUCUAGAAAUAUUUCAAAAGAUAAAAGGGAAAAUUCUCCUUCGCAACCGUUGCCCAGCCCCCCAGCUAUACAUACAAAAGCCGUUCUUAUCAAUUCGAAUUUACUUUCUUUCUUUUUUCCAAGUAAAACAAAAUAACGGAGGGAAUUAAGUUUAAACUCUUUUUUUUCUAUCAUGAGGAGUUUUGAGUUUGAGGACUCCAUUUUAUUCCCCCGACUCAUUUUUUUUUACUCGUCACACAUCUCUCUCAAUCAGUUUGUAAAGAAAAUUAAAAUAAAAAUAAUAAAAAUAAAAACAAAAAAAAUCAAAUUAAGGGAGGCCAGCGCUGAUAUAAGUUUUUUCAAACAAAAUAAAAAGCCGAAUUUUUAAAAAUUUUAAUUUUGAUUCAUAUAUUUCUUUCAUUGGGGCCUGAUAAGAUUUUUUUUUAAAGAUGAUAGUAAUCUUUUUGUACAUAUUUUUUCUUUUCCUCUUAUAUAAUAACCCUCGGUUCCAGAAAUAUUGUGCGCUAAUUAGAAUAAUAUUGAGUGGCCGUUCUCUCAUCCUCCCCCUUAUACCAGUUCCUCCAACUUUAUAUCUCUAUGGCUUUACGUGUGUGUUUAGCAUUUCCUUCGAGAAGCCCCCCAGGUAGACACCUAUAAACUAAGUAUAUCGAAUGGCAAGGAUUUAGCAGCUCCUACUCUCUACCUUUGCCCCAAUCGUCCCUCCUCAGCUCAGUCCUUAAUAUUACAUGGCUUUUGACGCGUUUGAUGACAUAAUCUUUGGUUUUUGUAUUUUAAAAAGUCAAAGUUUACUGGUGUGUUGGGGGGGGGGGAAUAUACAGCGGGGGAUGUACAAUGUUCAAAUUACUUUUGAUCCCUCGACUCUGUUCGCUUUCCUUUUUUAUUCUACGAUGAAAAUUGAUCCCGUUUCGUAGAUUUUGAAUGAUAAUUUGAAUUCAAAAACUGGACGGCAAGAAACGAUAUGAUUACCUUCGAGUAUUGGUUUCCUUCAUUUUUCUUUUUCAAGUGAAAAAGAACCGACGUCGAUGUGCAUAAUGCAUACAAUUUGCAUACGGUAUUGAAAAAAACAAACAGAUACUCAUUUGGUAUAAAUUUAGAUUUUUCUUUCUUUUUUUUGAGAAAGAGAGAUUGCGGAAUUUUGCAUUAUCCUUACGUAACCUUGGGUUUUUUUAAAUUUAUGUACAUGUCAAAAAAUUUCUUUUUUUAUGUUUCCUUAUAUUUCCCACACUUCCGGCUGUACACCACAUUUUGAUAAAAAUAACUUUGGGUUCUCAUCAUUUAAUUAUUAUGAUAUGCGUGUAGUUUUUAUUUUUUCAUUUUUUUUAUUUUAAUAUCAUUAGCUGUGUAAUAUUUCCGUGAUGCCAAACAUACAACUGUCAUCUAGAA